AUGGGCCACACUGGCAGCGGGAGGGGCACUCGAAAUCGCCAGUGCUAUCUUGUGUGCCCAUGUCUGCGGCAUCGACAUCGCGAGCCAUGCCAAGGUGAGUGUCGCAGACACGAGCGAAGCCCUGGUGCAGGCAGGGUGCCUGUUUUUCCAGCACCGACGCCGAUCUUGACGCCCGCACCGCCGCUUCCGGCUGCUCGCGGCAGCGGGCGCUUCGCGGGGCGCGGUGACGCGGAGGCAUGUGGCAGAGCGAUGUCGGGUCCGCCGGGGCCGUCCGCCCGGGGAGCGCCGUGCUGCCCUUCCCCAGCGUGGCGCCCGUGUCGGCUGGGGCCGCCCGCCUCGCGGCGCAGCGGGGCGCUCGCCACGCGGAAGGCGGUGGGCGAGGCGUCCGAGGGCGGGAUGCUUCGGCGGCCCGCGCUCGCCGGGGGCUCCCCGGAUGCUCAACCACCCGGCCAGGUCCAGGGCGUCGGCAGCACGAAGGGCAAUCGUGAGAGCACGGGGGGCUGGUCCAGGUCACGGUUGGUGAUCGCCCUCAUGGUGAUGUUGUUUGCAGCCCAGGCCACGACCGGCAGCGCGACAGAGACAGCCGCAGCCGCCGAAGCAUUGUACAUUGACGGCCCUCGAGUGGCCAGUUUUGCGUGGUCGGGUCCGUGCUGCUACAGCACAGCGUCUUCGCGAGUUAAUGCUGAAGCGGCGUGCAGCGCAGAUCCUGAUUGCUAUGUCCUGCGCGACAAUGAUUGUACGGACACUGGCGUGCGGUAUUGCUACAGCGCGAUCAGUGACAUCGUGGCGAACUGGGAGGGCAAGAACAGCAGGGCCUGCACCUACGUCAAGAACCAGCCGACGCCUUCUCCAAAGUCUGCACCAGCACCACCGCCGACGCCCGCUCUACCACAGACACCGGCACCACCGACUCCAGUUCCGACGGGUACCUUCGACGACGUGUUCAGACGCUUGAUGGGACUUUCGACGUUGUGCUGGGUGCGAAGCUCGUGGCCGCGGACGUGGCCAGCAGCGACCGCCUUGGGUUCUCGGUGGCCGUCAGCGCCGACGGGGCCCGGGUGGUGGUGGUGGGGGCCACGGACGACGACGACGCCGGGUCAUUGUCCGGGUCUGCGUACGUGUUCGACGGGGCCAGCGGCGCGCAGUUGGCGAAGCUCGUCGGGGAUGCGGCUUUGUGGUAGGGACCAUACAGGACGAGGACGCCAGGACAUUAUCUGGGUCCGCGUACGUAUUCGACUGAACCAGCGGCGCGCAGCUGGCGAAGCUCCAGGCCGCCGACGCGGCCGGCUGCGACAACUUCGGGUGCUCGGUGGCCGUCAGUGCCGACGGGGCCCGGGUGGUGGUAGGGGCCUUUUUUUUAAGGACGAGAACGCCGGGUCCGCGCACGUGUUCGACGGGGCCAGCGGCGCGCAGUUGGCGAAGCUCGUGGCCGCGGACGCGGCCGCCGGCGACUAUUUCGGGCGUUCAGUGGCCGUGAGCCGCGGACGGGGCCCGGGCGGUGGUGUGGCUUAUGGCGUCGACGACGCAGGAGGGAUCUCCGGGUCCGCGUACGUGUUCGACGGGGCCAGCGGCGCGCAGUUGGCGAGGCUCGCGGCCGCGGCUGCCUCGGACGUCGACCACUUCGGGUGGUCCGUGGCCGUGGGCGCCGACGGGGCUCGAGCGGUGGUCGGGGCCCGUCAUGGCGAGAGCGACGCCGGGUCCGCGCGUGGAGCCGCGCCCGUGUUCGACCGCACCACUCCGGACGCGCCGACGGGAUGA